AUGACUAGAGGAAUCAAGGGCGAGGGUCGAAGGACUGUGUAUGGGUUACUUAGCACUGUGGUCAUUAACGUGUCAAGUUCAUCGGCCUCAAUAAUAGCCAACGACGACCAGAUUAAUUCUGUGUUCUGUUAUGGCAUAGAUAGCAACGUUCUAGUGCGCGUAAAUACAGACGGUUCGUCGGAGCUAUUGGGGGGUGAACGAAACGGAUGUCCGCAACUCUUGGAAGGGGUCGUGCAAUUGAUGCUCGCUUUGGACUUCAAGGAAGCGCUGGAGGUAAGAGAUCUCGGUAUCAUGAACACUAAUAGCGAAGUGGUCGAACGAAUUCAGAAGGUCGAUAACGAAAAUAUGUCCACUUACAAAUUCCACUUCGGGAAGCGAUCAAGUCCCGCUAAAAGCUCCCAGAGAAAGCACUGGCUGGUUCGAGCAUGGGACAACCUUCCGGCAUGCGCCACCAUCCAGCCGGACAGCGAUGAUUGUGGGAGGCUUCUUGCAGACGACGACUAG